AUGUCUACGGCAUUUCUCGUGGACAGUUUGUUGCAUGCACAGCGCGCACAGAGUUACAGUGAGAGUCAACUUAAGUCGAGCCUGAGUGAAAUGCUCCUGAGUCGUGGCCAGACGGCCGAACAGACGGACAGACAGGAGGAACGCUCCAGCGAAUUAUUGUGCAAUUGCAAUUGUGGUAAACGUGGCUAUAAAUGUGAUAAAUGUCGUGAGAAUCGUGCCGAAAGUGUUGAGAGCAUUGAGGAAAUGGAGUUGGAAGAUGACGAGGAUGAUGAUGAUGAGGAUGAGAUUGUGGCGGACAUUGAUAGCGUGGAGACGCCGAACUUAGACUUGGAUGAGGACCUCGACGAUGAGCUGGACAUGGAGUCACGACGUGAGGAAAUUAAAUUGCCCAAACUGGAGCCCAAACUAGAGCCCAACACCAACACAACCAGCGGCACAACCAUCCUGAAGGAUAACAUCAGCAAACCUAUUCUCAAAUUCAGCGUAUCCGCCAUUCUGGGCGAUACACGUGAAGGAGUGCGAGUCCGAAAUGAGUUCAUGCAACCGCAGCAUAUAUGGCCUUAUCUACAACAAAACUUUAUGCAACAGCAUACACAUCAAUAUCACCAGCACCAUCAACAGCAGCAACAGCAGCAGCACCAACAACCGACGUCACAUCAUCAUCACCAUCAGCAACACCAUCAGGCGUUGGUGGGACAGGCGCCACUGGGACUGCCACACCCACUGCAUCAUCAUGCACACGCCCAUGCCCACUCCCACUUUUUGCAUCCCGCAUUUCUAACGCAUCAGCAACAACAGCAGCAGCAUCACAGCAAUAGUUGUCAACCGCAAACCACAGCAACGACGGCCGCAUCCGCGUCGUCACCUGGUAGCACAAUUAGUGAUAGCGACAACAAUCACAGCAACAACAACAACAACAGCAAUAACAACAGUAUUCAGGAUGGUCGACCGCAUGAAAUCGGCACUGGCGACGAUGAGGACAACAGCAAUCGAAGAUUAACGCAAGAAAAGCUACAACAGCAACAACAACAACAACAGCAACAACUGUUGAGUGGACAAGCAACAGGAGGACCACCAACAGCGCAUCCGACACCACCACCACCACCACCGGCGGCAGGACCCGCACCGCCAAUACAUCCACAUCCCCCGCCAAUACAUCCGGUCAUUGCCAAGCCGAUGCCCAGCCGACCAACUCCCUUUCUGCCCCACACACUCAACCAUCCGCAUUUGCAUUCACUGCUGGCGCAUUGCCGCAAUCCCUACAUGAGUGUUGGUGCCCAAGUGUUUCCCCUGCCCCCCGGUCAGGGAUUUCCCUGGGCGCAUUCGACACGUGGAAAGCCUCGUCGGGGAAUGAUGCGACGUGCCGUCUUCUCAGAUUCACAGCGAAAAGGUUUAGAAAAGCGUUUCCAGCAACAAAAAUAUAUCAGUAAGCCGGAUCGCAAGAAAUUAGCUGAGAGAUUGGGUCUAAAAGACUCUCAGGUAAAAAUCUGGUUUCAAAAUCGCCGCAUGAAGUGGCGCAACUCCAAGGAGCGCGAACUGUUGGCCAACGGCGGCUCACGCGACCAAACGCUGCCCAACAAGAAUAAUCCUAAUCCGGAUUUAUCCGAUGCCAAAUGCGAUCGUCCGCUAACGCCGCUCUCCCCCGCGCUGCUGUCACCCAAUGGCAGUGCAACACCACCGCCAACAACAGCAACAGUUGCUGCUGGCAAGGAUGAGCCGCUGGCAGGAGCAAUAGGAGCAGGAGCUAGCGGGGCUGUCACACCCAAAUCACCGCUAUCUGCUGGCAACAGCAACUCACCCCCGCCCACAACAGCCGCUGAAUAUCAACUCAGCUCACCGCCUCCGCUCCUCACCAGCAUUAAGGGUCAAUCAGCCACGCCUACACCUACCACGCCCACAACAACAGUGUCAUCGGCUGCCUCAUCACCGCCAGGUGUCGCCAGUGCCGUCGAGUUUCAGGCCAAGAUCAAUGCGGAAAUGCAGAAGCAACUGGUUGCCGCCGAUCUUAAGUUUAAACUGGAGAGCAGCAUCCAAGAGGCGAAGCAGCGACGCUUCGAGCAGCUGCAGCAACAACUGCAUCAUUCUCCACACUUUACGGCCAUGAGGGAGGUGGAACUGGCGGCAGCAGCAGCUGCAGCGCAACUUCAUCAUCAUCACCAGCAACAGCAACAACAGCAGCAACACCAACAACAUCAACAACAGCAGCAGCAUCAGCAGCAACAACACAGCGCAGAGUUCAUGAAACUCUACUAUGAUGACUACGAUGACUCCAAUUCGGAUAGCGAUGAGGAAAUCAGCGUUACGUGAUUUCCAAAAUCAAAGGAAUUGCAUUGUAUAUAUACUCGUAUCUUUACCACUUUUAAUUGUACAUUUUGCGUAAUUAUUGAUUAUUAAAAUUCUUAAAAACUAA